AUGAUAGACAUUAUUGUAAGACACACGAAUCGAAAGGCGACUGCUGUGUAUCAAAAAUACAAUAGCGACAAUCCCACAAAACUGAAAACGUGGAAAUCUCUUAUGACAGAAGAAUUGUCCGCCUUCAUAGGUAUUUUAAUUACAGCCGGUGUAAAUAACUCCAAUGUAGAUCACGUAUACGAUAUGUGGAAGACGACUUCCUACCCUUUAUACCGGGCAGCUAUGGGUGUAAAUACAUUUCGUAAUAUUUUGCGAUUUAUUCGAUUCGACGAUGCAAAUACACGAGCAGAAAGGGCAGUCCAGGAUAAGCUAGCUCCUAUAACAGAUAUAUGGAUAAUGUUGAAUGCAAAUUUGACAAAAGCGUAUAAACCAUCAGAGAAUUUAACUAUUGAUGAACAAUUAUUCCCAUAUAAAGGUAGGACUAAGUUCACGCAAUAUAUGCCAUCCAAGCCUGCUAAGUAUGGUAUCAAGAUCUGGUGGCUAUCCGAUUCUGAAAAUUAUUACCCAUUAUCUGGGCAAAUUUACACUGGCAAAAGUACAUUGGGUCGCGAAAUAAAUCAAGGGGAGCGAGUGGUAAAAGAUUUGGCUGGUGCGUAUAAAGUCGGGCAGAAACAUUACUACGUGUUUAAUCCUCGACAGGCACAAUAA